CUUCUACGUAGGAAUGAUUUCAAAUAAGACUAGUGUACGUUCUAAAUCUAUAUUUGAUAAACAGCGUAUUUUUGUGACCGCGUUGUAAUUCAAACUUAGGAUAACAUGUCAAGGCAAAAUUAAUCAAGCAAUAUGACGGAGCCCUUAACGGAUAAAAAACUAAACGAAAUAGCAGAGGCUGUGGCUGUCGAUAAAAAUUUACUGAAGUUCGGGUUGAAUCUGGGAAUCAAGGAGUCCAAGGUCAGGAUGCACAUCAGUACAAAUAAACGAAAUGACAGCUUUGAAGGAACCAGCUCCAUGCUCUCUGAUUGGAAAAGAGAUACACCGAAAGCGAAGCAAAUACCUGAUCUCAUCAAGGCUCUGACCGACUCUGGAUUUGCGGAAUUAGUUGAUGAAUUCUUCUCAACUGGAGGGGUCGCAACCGAUGGGGUAAAUGCAGGAAGCCCUUCUACUGCAGCUUCAUUUACUGACAAUGCACACCUAAUGACGCCUGCAGUUGGAAUAAAAGAUGACGAUAUUCUGGUUGAAGUUGCAAACAUGACAAUGCAAGAUAAAGAUAUAGACGACCUCGGGAGAGCUCUGGAGAUUGGCGUGCAUGAUAUAGUCGCUGCUCAGACGGGAAACAGACAUGGUAUUACGUCUGAUGGGUCCCGUGAUUUGAUGAGAAGAUGGUACCGAGGACAAAGGGAAUCAGAGUGGAUGAGGAAGUUGAUAGAAGCCCUGACCAAAGCAAAGCGGGAAGAUAUACUAAGAACUUGUUUCCCCAAUAUAGAUCUCCUGAGAGACUAGUCACUGUUAGUGAGAUCAUCAGGCCAGCCAGUCUCCCCCCUCACGGAAGAUAUAUAGUCAGCUGUGUGAAAAAAAUAGGAUUCGACAACAACUACACACGGAACAUAUUAGACGUUCACAUGACUCGACGACUGCUUUCAAGGAAGUGUUACAGGAACGGAAAGACAUGAGGUGGAUACAUUAUAAAUCCUAAUAAAGGUCUAAAGAACUCACACCUCGGUCGAAGCGUCGCAGUGUAGCGGUUCUUACUCUUGCCCUGUAAUCAGGUCAUGUGUUUGAAUCUCAAGCGAAUUUGACACUUAAAGUUGACUCAUAUCUGCAUACACGAACUAACUCUUUGUGUAAUAUUUCUUUAAGAAUAAAGACCCCGCAAUAAUACUUGCAUAUCUUUCUCACCUCCUUUCCCCCUUUUUUCAUUCAUUCUUUUUGUUCAGAGUUAUCCAAGGAGUAUAAUCAGAAUGGAAAUAAAUCAUUUGUUUUCCAAGAUUUCUUAGCAAGUAAAGGAAGGGAAUGUGUUUAAUGACUCUGAUAUUGCAUUGAAAACCAUUGAAAUUGGGGUGGGUAAUAUCAAUUAGAUAUCUAAUAUUUUUGAGAAGCUGUAUUCUUUGGUCUCGUUCUGUAUUAAAUUGCGUUUCUUUGUGCAUGUAAAAAAAAUAUGAAUCAGUAGUUAAUACUUAAUGAAUAUAAGUAGAAUUUAUAAUUUGUAAUUAUUUUUCAUUUUUAAGUAGUUUUAACUUGUCUUUUAAUUUACUUGAUUUAUUUGGGUUCAAUAUACAUUUAAGAAAAUUCACGUAUUGCUGGUUAGCUUUGAUUGAGUAAAUCUAACUCAAUUAGGCUUAAAUGAUUAUUACUUAUAAAUUCUUGUUGAAUGUACUUAUAUUUUUCAAUUAACGUCUUAUUUAAAUAAUGCAUGAAUAUUCAUUAGACAUGUUAGAGCAAGUAAAUGUUUGAUUUUGUUUAAUAACUGUCAUAUCUAUCUGUGUUUGAAUUUUUUUCGGAUAAGGGUGUGCUAACUAUUUUAUUCUUUUCUUGAAUCAAAGAAAGAGCAACAUUAAAUAGUCAUUUAGCAGGAAAUUUCAGAUGUCAUUUUAGGUUUUCGGAAAAUGAUGAUAUUGUUCUCACUGUUUUAUCUGUAAGAAUGAAACGAUCGCGUAUAAAUAUCAGUGUAAGUACCUAUGUAUGUAACAGGUAAGUGAAAGUGCACAAAGUCUAAUAUUUGGAUAAAAGAUGUCUAAGAUGAAAAUGAUGCCACUAAAGUAAAAGUGGGACGAUAGGGGAGUGGACUUUCGAAUAACGAAAGUCUACUCCCCCAUUUGAUUUUUCAAACAUUUUAGUGAUUGUUUUACUAAAUUGAAUUAAGUUAUUGUAACUUAAUUUUCUUGAGUGAAAUGGAUGCAAGGAAAAUAGGUAAAGUUUACUUAAAACUGCCAAACUCAUAAUACUUAAAAAAUUAAGGCAAUCUGUUGAAACAAUUUUAUUGAGUAAUUUCAAGUAAUUUUUUUUAACAGUUUCUUGCUAUCUACCCCCUUUUUCUUUCUUGCAAGUUGUAAAGUUUUUCAGAUUCAAGAUUAAAAUAUGAUACGACAUAAUCCAAAGAAGAACGUAGUAUUAUUGGCACACGUUGAAUACUGAUAACUAAAACAACAUGCGAACGGUAAAAAGGUGGAAGAUUAAUUAAUGAAAGGGGGGGGGGGGUGGGAAUGCAACCUAUAGGUUGAGGGUGAGGUAUGAGAGAGAGGUGGAAUGGGAAACAAAAACGUUUCAAUGUCAGAUAAGAGUUUUAAUAAUUGAGAAUUUUCAUGCACUACAAAAUACUUAUAGUUGUCUACCACAGCCACUGGUAAUUCCCGUCCAAAACAGUCUGUUAAUGGAUGGUGCGUUCAUAGCCUAGCUCGAGACAGAAUAAACUACACAAAGACCGUC